GGACUAUCCAAGAUCUUCUCACCGGGGCAGUGCAAGUAUGGGUCAAUACAGCAGUGCAGAGGAACAUUCCCAGCAAACACAAUCACAAGCUGCAGACUCUAAUGAUCAGUCAGACCUCAAUGGACAGCAGAAUCCUGAUGUUGAAAUGGUGGAUGUUACUAAUGAUUCGUCUCCGGAACUUGGACUUGAUGGAAUCUCCAGUGAUCAAAGAGAGAGUAAUUUAAACCAAAAUAAAGAACAGAAUAACGAUGAAGAGAUGACAGAUGCCUCCAAUGGAGAGCCCAGUCAACACAAGCCUGAUGGAAACUCACAUGUCCAGCAGAUGAGUGACAAUAUAUCUCAUAAUACUGACCUCACUGAGGAAGCCACCAGGUCUCAGCAGCAGCAUGGACUUGGGCAAAUGGAGGACUCUAAGGGGCAAGGCUGGGGACAUGGGGCAGAUUCCAGUGGACAACUGAGCACUUACCCUAACAUAGAAGAGGAUCUUUACACUGACAACCUUCAACAACUUGGGGCUGAUAGAGAUCCUCAUGAUCAGCGUAAUAGUACAGAACCCUCCGGAGGUACUGUCAUCACUGCACAACCCAAGAGCACUCAGUCACAACUUGGAUCAAAUCGGACUCAGUCACAACCUGGGCAAACAGAUAACGUUAAUGGGCAAGAACCAACACAUGGGGUACCUUGGUCUGAUGAGGAAACGGUAACACAGCCUUCAGCACCCACAGAUACAGCUGUUGUCACUGUCAGAAUGGAAUGGACAGAUGGAAAAAUACCUGAUAGACAUAAAUUGGAGAACUGGCUUAAUUUGGCAAUUCCGAAAUGGAUCACUACAGAGCUUAAGACAAAGCCUUGUGAAGUUGUGAAAGUACAAAUUUUGAAAGACCCAAAUUUGGCUGAUAUUACAGUGACACCAUCAUCAGUCUUAAAAAGGCUUUUGGAGCAGAAGUCUGUAAAGUUGGAGCGUUCAAACUACAGUGCUGUUGUGCAUUUCUCACCGUCUGUGGACUCAUCCCAAAACCCAUCUGUACAACAGUUAACUCAUGUCCCCCCAACAACUCAGUCUUCACAGAGAAGUGAUGUAGAGAUUGCUAUGCCACCAUCGCUAACUAUACAGGUGAAUGUGAUGGAACUCAACCCUUUUGAACUUCAUGCAAUCUUACAGAGGUAUAAAAAUGUGUCUAUAAGUGACAACAUUAUGACGCUAAAAGGAACCUCUGAGGAGAUAAGCGUGUUUUUCCAGGUCCUCAGCAAUAUCAAUGGACAGGAAGGAAGAAGUUUCGGUAAUGCCACACACACUAACAUUCCCAUGCAGACAGAUAACAGUAACAACAAUGAUCUUAGAGUCCCUCUGUUCCAGUACUGGUAUCUGACACAGGCCUACAACAAAGAAAUGCACCUUAUUGAAAGUGAUAAUGAAGUGGAAAUAGAAGCUGCAGUCUUGGUGUCAAUCAAAAGUGCUUCAAAUCAGCCUGCCAGGGAUAAUAACUUAUCUAAAGCACAAAUGGACUUCCAGGCGUUGGUUCAAAAGACAGCUACCAACUUGGACUGCAUCUCCAUUCCGCACUCACACCUGGAAUCAGAUAUUGUAAAAGAGACAAUGAAACACAUCCAGACAGAUAAAGCUAGAAUGAUCCUGAGUAUGUCAGCUGAAGAUUGCAAGCUUUUAGCACCACAACAACAGGCAUCCAUGGUUGCAAGAAGGUUGGGAAUGGGCAGAAAAGAGGAUAGAUCAGAAUCAGAUUUUUCUAAGACAGCUGGGCACUUGAAAAUGGAUGUAAAGGACCCUCACCUGUCCUCUGGACUCUCAAUGAGCCAAAUCCAUUGGGAUCUGAUCAGUAUUUCUCAUCAAAAGGAGAUCCAGGAAAUCCAAAAUAAAUUUGGUGUGAUGUUCCAGAGUAGUGGGACCUCCUCAGAAACUGUGAAGGUUACAGCUCAAGCCAACUAUGAAGAUCUUAAAAUCCAUGCACUUAGAGCUCUUAUGCAUCUGUACCAGAAAGCUACCAUGGCAGCAAUCACUUGCAGAACCUUGAGCAACCUUGACUCUGAGACUACAGCCCAGAUAGGAAAGUUUGUUAAGUCUGGUCACCCCUUUGUUGGGAUAGAGGAGAAAAAUGGAUCUUAUAGGUUGGUUGGUCUGCCUGUGCACCUAGGUCCUGCUGUUACUGAAAUAGAGAAAAUACUUCCACGUCCUGUGUUUCAUGACAAAGAGAAACAAAUGAUUGGAUACAAUGGAGACUUCACACUCCAGGUACAUGGGGACAGACAGAACUCUGAACCUGAUUAUGGAAAUGGAGCUGAGGGAGGAGCAGUAGGAACAGGAGGAGCAGGGCAUGGAGAACCAACAAGCAGGAAUAAAUGGGGAAAAGGAAAAGAAUCAGAUGCAAGAAAAAAUCACGAUGCAGAAGAAGAGACAUGUCCUAUUUGCAUGGAUCAUUUUAAAAACAAAGAGAAGUUGAAAUGCGGCCAUGGAUUCUGCAGUGAGUGUCUGCAGCAGGCCAUGGAAAGCAUGGGUCCCAUCUGUCCUGUAUGUAAGAAGGUGUUUGGGAGAGUGGAAGGAAACCAGCCUGAUGGUACCAUGGAAACUUAUGCAUUACGUUCCAGUCUCCCUGGAUUUGAUCACUGUGGUACAAUUGUAAUUGAUUAUUUCAUACCAUAUGGCACACAGAAGAAAAACCAUCCAAAUCCUGGAAGGUGCUACCAGGGGACACAGAGACAGGCAUAUUUACCAGACAAUGAGGAGGGAAGACAUGUGCUCAGGUUGCUGAGAAGAGCAUUUGAUCAGAAACUUAUCUUUACUGUUGGGACCUCAAGGACCACUGGAGCAGAUGAUGCAGUGACAUGGAAUGACAUCCAUCAUAAGACCAGCUGUUCUGGAGGACCACAAAGUUUUGGCUACCCGGACCCGGACUACUUGAAGCGGGUGAAAGAGGAACUGAAGGCAAAGGGCAUUGAAUGAAGACGUA